AUGGCUACUACUCAAGAGAAAGUGUCGUUGAACCUUGUAGUGAACAAAGACACAAACAAAGUCUUAUUUGCCGAAGCUAAGAAAGACUUCGUAGAUAUCUUAUGUAGCUUCUUAACCCUACCUUUAGGAACCAUCAUCAGACUUGUGGAAAACGAGUCCAACAUGGGUCCAGUAACAAUAGGUUCUCUCAAUUCAUUCUAUCAUAGUGUGGAAGCUCUUGACGGCGGGUUCCGGUGGAGACAGGGAUAUAAUAAGCAAAUGCUAUUGCGUCCCAGGAACACGGCCGAAGAUUUUUGCAAAACUCUUAAGGUUAACAUUGAUGACACUCCCCCCAGAGAAAGAUUUGUCUAUCGUGGGUCUUUUCCGGAAUGUUCACAGAAUGGAUUUGUCAAUGAUGUUGCGACUUUUGUCAUCACUGAUGAUCUGAUUCUAAUGCCAAAAUCUGUGGACUAUCCAAGAUUGGCUAUACUGCAGGAUUUGGGAAUCAAAGGUCCGUUUUCAUUGAAGGAAAUUACAGUGGAUGUCACCAAGAAAAAGGUACUGGAUUUGUUGAAGUGUUCUCUCCUUUCCGAAUCAUGUUUGACAGAUAUGCUAUUAGAAAAGAAACCACUCAUUGAGAGGCCAACGGUUUUCUCAGGUAGUGUUGAGAAUAAUGGCGACAUCAAAUUCGCAAUGAAGCUAUUUAUAAGAAAAUCAGAUGGCAAAGUUUUGUAUGGUCUUGGGGCAAAAGAAAUCGCAAACAUGCUUUUAAGUUUUCUGACCUUUCCUUUGGGAGGAGUUGUGCGUAAGUUGGGAGGAAAUAGCUGUGUGGGCAGCAUCGAUGGAUUAUACAAAAGCAUAGUUGAUAUGAAUGACUUAUAUUUCAUGUCAAAAUUUGCAAAAAACAGGCUUGUUGAUCCUUACUUGCUCCUUUUGAUGUCACUAAUUGAUUUUGGAUCAUCGACAACUAAUGAAGGUAAUGUGAGGAUGUUUGCUAUUACCGAUGAUUUGGUCGUAACACUAUAUUCUCCCACAUCAGAUUUAAAUUGCAUUGGCCAGAUUACGGAAAAGAUUAUCAGCAUUGGCCUCGUGGAGGUAAUUCUAUAUGUAGUUUUAUUUCUUCUUUUUUUUUUUUUGUGUGUGUGUUUUGAACAUUUCUUCCACUUUUAUCAUGGUUUCUCACUUGUUUUGAUGCAGUGUCUUAAUAUACUGAAAGCAUCGUUGACGUCGACAUCUGCUCUCACAGUUGGUCUCGCUCACUUGUUACCUGAAUUUACUGAUCUGGUUUCAUCACACGAUGAUGAGAAUUCACUACCAGAUGCAUCUUUAAUAGAAGGUGUGUCUUCAUCAGAAGAAUUUGAUGAACCGGACAGUUCAUCUUCAUCAGGCGAAUCAGACCGUUCGUGUGACGUAUCAGACAGUACGAGUUCAUCAUCCUAUCCGUGGCCAUCAGACGAUACGGAUUCAUUCGAGUUCAUCUGA